CGUGACGUUUUUCACUUCCUUGUUGAAAAAAAGUUCUUCAUAAAUAUCGGUACCUGAUUGAGAGCUGCGUAAUGAGUAGGAGCCCCUGCAGAAGGACAAUGGACGUAUCAUAUAAACGGCUUCUUUUGUUUUUUGGUGUGCUUAUAAUACUUCUCGAUUCCGGAUACCCCCAACACGAGGAAGAGUUUGAACCGAUUCCACAGGACGGAUUCUUUAAUAACUUGAAUCACCCAGACUGGGGCGCAGUGGACGAUAUCUUGAUACGAAAGUCUCCCCCUGACUACCAAGAUGGCGUCUACGAACCUGCGGGGCAGGAUCGUCCCAACCCUUUCCACAUCAGCGACACCGCACACAGUGGGGAAAGCGGGUUGCCAUCCCAAAGAGGAAGAACCGCCAUGCUGGUGUUCUUCGGUCAACAAAUUGUCGAGGAAAUUCUGGACGUCCAAAGACCCGGAUGUCCUAGGGAGUUUUUUAACAUUCCUGUUCCUAAAGACCACAGAUUCAAUCCUAAUAAUCUGGACAACCUUCAGAUGCCCUUGCAAAGGUCAAGGUUCAAUCAAAGGACAGGUCAGACGGCAGGCAACCCUAGACAACAGUUGAAUGAAAUUACACCCUUCAUUGAUGGUACAUUAUUCUAUGGACCUGGAAAAGCUUGGACAGAUGCCAUACGAGAAUUCAAACAUGGAUAUCUGAAAGUCAGGGAUCCUAACACGUAUGAUGACAUCAAAAGCCAGUUUCCCGCCAAUAAUGACAUCCGACUUCCCUUUGCAAACCCUCCGCCACCCGCUGACCACUUUCUGAAACCAGUCAGCCGGUUCUUUAGACUUGGAAACCCUCGAGGAUUUGAGAACCCAUUUUUGCUAACCUUCGGUGUAAUUUGGUUUCGUUGGCACAAUUUUAUUGCCAAGAAACUUGCAGAGGAGAAUGUCGCUUGGAGGGGGAACGACGAGCGACUGUUUGAGGAGGCAAGGAGACGAGUUAUCGCUCAUUACCAGAAAAUUGUGAUGUACGACUGGUUACCAAGAUGGCUACAUAUUGAUACAACCCUAGAGAAAUUUUUUGAGAUUCCCAGCUAUUUGCGUGAUCCCAGUGAAAAUUGUACCGGACGAUUUUGCGCAUUCAAUGGUUAUGACUCUGAAAUACAUCCUGGCAUUUCCCAGGAGUUCCAGACCGCUGCAAUGCGUUUUGGCCACACACUGGUUACACCAGGCAUUUGGAUCAGAGGACCGACGACGGGAAACCAGACGAGGAUGGCACACCAGAUGGAUUGUAACUGGAAGAACCUACCCAUAGGAAUCCCUAACCAACCACACAGAGUACACGCAAUUAGGCUCUGUAACGCUUACUGGAACAGCAGGGAACCCGUGGACAACAUGCUAGAUGAUAUUAUUCGAGGUCUAUCGUCAACAUUGGCUGAAAAAGAGGACCACAUUGUUGUUCCUGAUCUCAGAGAGCAUCUUUUUGGUCCUUUGGAGUUUUCUCGACGUGACCUUGUCGCUAUAAAUAUUCAGCGAGGACGUGAACAUGGCUUGACGGACUUCAACUCGGUUAGAAAGGCCUUUGGUUUGGAUGCGGUUGAUUGGAGCAAUCUGACAACUAACCGUGAUAUACGUCCAGCAGUCGAAAACUUAAGAAAUCUUUACAACAAUGCGUCCAAUCCAAAUUUAGACCUAUUCGUCGGUGGUCUGUUGGAGACGACGGACGAUGGACCAGGUCCACUGUUCAGAAGCAUUCUCUUGGAUCAAUUCAUGCGUAUACGUCAUGGUGACCGGUUUUGGUUUGAAAACAAAGGAAAUGGGUACUUCAAUGAUGAUGAAAUACAGGACAUUAUGAAUGUGACGCUCCACUCCAUUAUUCUAAAUGUGACGAAUGUUACAGAGAACGAUAUUCAAGAGGACGUAUUUAUUCACAGAAACUAUACUGAUCCUUGUGAUCAGCCUAAUCAACUGACAGCAGAUUCCAAUCUUAUGCAUGAUGAGCUUUUCCAUAUAGAAAACUGUACGUCUCUCCAGCACUACGACUACUUCUCGGGAAGUGGAGCAGCCUUCGUGUUGACGUUCGUGGGACUAGGACUUUGUGUUCCAGGGGCUGUUGGCAUAAUGGUAUGCAUGGCCAAAAUCCGAGCGAAAAAAAUGCAACGUGGUCGACAGAGACGGGCACCCCACCGUCCGAACGAUGAUCCCAAUGUGUUCACAGCUGUUGAAUGGGUUGGACCCAACUCCGAUGAACGCAACGUAAAAGUCAAGUUUGAUCGAAAUCGAAAAAAGAUACAUGUUGAGGAUACGCGAAGAAAGCCGUUGCGGAUGUUGGAUUUACGAAUGAUAAAACAGAAGUUGCACUUCCGGCUAUCAGCUGAUGGACUUCAGAACGUAAUAUCAGUCCGCGUACAAGGGGAAAUAGACUUGGUUCUCAAGUUUGUGGAUAUGGAGGAAAGAGAAAAAUUUCGGAAAAAUUUGGACAAUUUUCUGGUUGACCUACAGAUAGAACGAGAACUUCACCAGGAUUUUGACGAAAAGCGCAUUUACGAGAACGCCAGUACUAAGGAGGAGCGGCAGAAUUACCUCGACAAAUUCUUCCGAGUCAUUUGCCUUCAGGCUUUUAAUAAAAAUCCAGGACAACUACAGAUAGAGGGGAUAAGUGGAGAUGACCUGAACAGAAUCAGCAAAGUUCAACUGACCAGAACAGAAUUCGCGGACGCCCUCGGAUUGAAACCGAACUCUGUCUUUGUUCGAAACAUGUUUAUGAUGGUAGACAAGGACAACAGUGGAUUUGUAGGCUUCCAGGAGUUCUUAGAUAUGUUUGUUGUCCUGUCAUCAGGCGAUGCUGAAGAUAAAGCAAGAUUGAUUUUCAAUAUGUAUGACAUAAAAAAACAAGGAAAACUUUCAAGCAGAGACUUCGCCCGCAUGAUUCAGUCGAUGCUGGAUCUAUCGGAUCAAUCCAUUUCGUCUACUGAUAUGCAAGCGUUGUUGAGUGCCAUGUACAAGUCGGCAAAUAUGCCAGAGAAUUCGGACAUCGACUUCGAAACAUUUUCAAAACUGUUUGCCUCGGAUGAAUAUGAAAGCACACUGAGGAAGGCAACCCUAGGAAUAGAAGCCCUCGGGUCAGAGGGUAAGAGUGACGGGAAGUCGGCCAUGGCAAGGAAACGUACGACGUUUUUUGAAAGCUACAGAAAGCAAAAUAAAGAAAACGGAACUCUUCAAAGACGAAACACAAGGGUAAAAAUAAAAACCACGAUAGCCGAACUACCGAAAUCAGUCAUGGGACAGAGGCUAUACGAACUAACGAGGAAAAUAGAAAACUACCGCCUCCAGAUAUUCUGGCUUACACUCUACAUUUUAGUUACCCUUGGAAUAUUUUUGGAGAGAGCGUUUUAUUACUCGUUUGAAAGAGAACAUGCCGGAUUACGCAGAAUCGCCGGAUAUGGCGUCACAGUCACACGUGGUGCAGCCAGUGUAAUGAUGUUCACUUAUUCAAGUUUACUUGUGACCAUGAGCAGAAACACCAUAACAUUUCUAAGAGAAACAUUCCUUCAUCGAUUCAUUCCUUUUGAUUCUGCGCAUGCUAUGCACAAAAUAAUAGCUAUGAUUGCGCUUUUGUUCACAGUUGUUCACUGUGUUGGUCAUGGGAUUAACUUGUAUCACAUAAGCACACAGGCGUCUUCAGAUUUAAACUGUAUCUUCCGAGAAUAUUUCAGAGCAACAGAUGUGUUAGCCUCAUUCCAGUACUGGGCUUUUCAGACUAUCACCGGCUUCACGGGCAUCCUAUUAACUCUCAUUGUUAUCAUUAUUUAUGUGUUUGCCACACCGUACGCCAGGAAAAACCUCUUCAACGCCUUCUGGAUCACUCAUAGCCUGUACAUUUUACUGUAUAUAUUUACGGUAAUGCAUGGGACUGGGAGACUUGUUCAGCCUCCAUUGUUUCAGAAUUACUUUUAUGGACCAUUGUUCAUCUACGUUGUGGAUAAAUUCAUAAGUCUCAGCCGGAAUCAGGUUGAAAUCGACGUACUCUCCGCGGACCUUCUCCCAUCAGAUGUGACGGCCCUGAAGUUCAAACGUCCGAUUAACUUUGAAUAUAGAUCUGGUCAGUGGGUGAGAAUCGCUUGUGUGGCGCUCGGUAAGGGUGAAUACCACCCCUUUACUUUAACAUCCGCUCCUCACGAGGACUAUCUCAGUCUACAUAUACGAGCUGUAGGUCCAUGGACAACAAACCUGAGACAAACGUAUGACGCCAACAAGGCUGGCUCAGAGGACUGGACCCCACCAAAGGUCUUAAUAGAUGGUCCUUUCGGAGAGGGCCAUCAGGACUGGUACAAAUUCCCCGUGGCCGUGUUAGUGGGUGGCGGUAUCGGAGUCACUCCAUUCGCAUCGAUUCUGAAAGACAUCGUCUUCAAAACAGCACAGCCUAUCCGAUUUCCUUGUCAAAAAGUGUAUUUCCUGUGGGUGACGAGAACCCAGAAGCAGUUUGAGUGGCUGACAGACAUUAUCCGGGAAGUAGAAGAGAAGGACAAAAGAGAUUUGGUUUCUGUUCAUAUUUUUAUUACACAGUUCCAACAAAAAUUUGAUCUGCGAACGACAAUGUUGUACAUCUGUGAGCGGCAUUUCCAAAAGAUAGCUGGAAAAAGCUUGUUUACUGGAUUGAAAGCAAUAACACAUUUUGGAAGACCCCAAUUUCAGGAAUUUUUGGAAUCUUUACACAGAGAGCACCCAGAGGCUAAACAAGUCGGGGUAUUUAGCUGUGGCCCUCCACCGAUGACAUUGAAUGUAGAUAAGGCAUGCGCAGAGGCUAAUAAAAAAGAAGGACUUCCUGCUUAUUCACACCACUUCGAAAACUUCUAAAAUGUAUUUGCACUGUUACUGUAAAUGUGUAUUACUGACAAUCAUAUUUAUACGACGUACAAUCAUUUGUACUGUAACUGUAAAUGUGCAUUGCUUACAAUCAUUUUUAUACGACGUACAAUCAGUUACAUGUACCACGAAUGUUAUUUGUUCCCGCCAUUUUCUUGUACACCUGUCAUUGUUAACGUUAUACAUGUAUUUACAUUUCCAUCUUUUUUGUGAUAAACUUUCAAGUCCCAGUGUGUAAAUUUCCCCACAACUUACUGUUGGAUGUUAAUUUCUCAGUUAAUGCAAAAUGAAAGGCUAAUGGAGGGAACUAUGGAAAUUGACAUGGAUUUCAAUUUCUAUCGGGCUGUAUUUUUUAUGUGUUGUCAUUUGUAUUUCAAGUAUGAAUAUAAGGAGUCAUUGUCUAGUUUGUUAACUAUAACAGCUUCGAGAUUAGGCAACUUAUCACGUUUUCUGUUGUAGUUUUCAAAUAUCCUCACAUACCUAACAAACUAAACUGCGAUUCCUAUUAUCAUGAUGCUUUCAACCCAGUGAUAUUGGACGCUCACCCUCCUAUAUACUGUAGUUAUUUCACUUAAAGCAUGCGAGUGAUUGGGAUUAUCUAGACCAUUGUUACAUUAUUUUAAGAAUAGUGAUAUUGAAUCAUCGCCAUUGUAUUUACACGAGAUUCAUGUUCAAGAAAAUAGAGAAUUUUAUCUAAUACGUGUGGUGUAUAUUGAGAGGGAGAUAAAGCAUUAGAUUUAUCACACGCCCGUUUGAUAAAACACUUCCAGUCCGAACUACUUUUGACACUGCCCCCGCUUGGAUGACAUAUUUUCUGUGUUUUUGCAUAUCCAUGCAUGAAAUAAAGCGUAAAACUUAUUAUUCUGUAUUUAUUUAGAAUUUCUUUUAUAGCAAAAUUAAAAUGAUGUUGCCCCCACUGACAUAUAAUGCAAGUUACCGGCCACAAAAAUGCCAACUCGGUCUGUAACUACUCAAAAUUACGAUCAGAAAAUAAAAAUAUGUGCACACUAUUAUCAUCGACAACGAAUCGACGGCCUACUGGACAAGCCUAAUCGAAAGUACCUCGACAUGCUGCGGUACCAAGUAUUCACAAGCACAGUCUCUUUUUUCUGGAGCAUAUCAAAUGUAACAAAUCUCAACAGCUUUACUUACUAGGCUAGGCCUAUUUAAAGUGCCUCAGGAUUUCCUCUCGCCCUUAGAUCCAAAGAAACUACGUAAAUAAAAUCCAAAUGCACAAACACUUCUACUUUUCAUUGUAAACUGUUGAACAUUCUAAUAACGCUGCAUUAAAAUAUUACUUUCAUUGAUCGUUAUUUCACAUGUUUAUUUCAAAACGACGACGACAUCAAACUUUUAUCAGAAGGUCAGGCCUAGUAAAAAAAAUAAAUACUCGGUCAAUAGUUGUUACUUUGUUGGAAUGGCAAAACCAUUAUUAAUUAUAAACUAUAAUCCCUUCUAAAACAAUUUUCAUCCAUGGUUUCUUUUAUAAAAAUGACCUUUUGUACUGUAUAUAUUAAUGGUUUAUAAGCGCACUAUUUUUUCCCGCGUAAGGUAGACAGAUUAAGCACGACGUCUGAGCCACGGAUUCAAAACAAAUACAAUCAACUGUUUCUACCAUACUGGGGAUCAUCUCAAAAUCAAGUGAAAAGAAGACGUAUGAGAUAAAUAGAACAUCUAUAAUUGCGUAUUUGAUAUUUGGUUUGUCCAACUCGUUGAUAUGGUGUAUAUAUUGGCAAGCCUCGCGAAUAAAUACACCAUAUCAACUCGUUGGAUAAACACGCAAUGUAGAUAUCCUAUAUAUAUUAUGUUUAUUUCAAAAUGUAGUUCCUAGGGUCUAUGCAGCAACUUAAGCAGGUUUUAUCAAUCUUAUUGUGUUUAAGGAAAUUUCAUUUUUACAUAAUGAUUGCACUCCAUGCUACUUGCUGUAGAAUUUCAAAUCCAAAAGAUAUCGAUACAAUAUUUUGCGGAGAUCAGUGAUUUAGAGGGGGGGGGGAUUGGAAACUGCAGCACAAUGUUCAUUAUACAUGUACAUUGUUUAUUAUUUGCGGUUUUGUGAUCAUAACUAAUCUUAAAGAAAAUAUUGAAUGAUUUUAGGGAGUCUGAUAUUGGGUUUAUAUUUAUUAUUUUAAAUUUUUUUUUAUACAUUUGUCAUAGAAAUAUAUUUAUGCUAAUUAUAAUAUAAGUAUAGUUCAGUGCAAAAACGUUAAAUUCAGUGUUAUGUGGCUUAUUACAUAUACAGACAGACAUAUUCUUUCUUUUGAUUUUGGAAGUGGUCAUAGAUAUAGAGAAUCGUGAUAUUUUGUUACUUUUUAUAUGUACUUUAAACUGUAUGAAACUACAUGUACUUUGCUUUAUUCUACAUGAUCUUGUGAUGUAAAUUUCAAGUAAUGAUAAUCGUAUUUGUUUUGUCAUAUAUCGUAAAUGAUAUUAAAAUAAUCCGUGUACUUACAAAAUGUACAUGUACAUAUGUACAUCAAGAAAGAAUCAGUUUUAACAAAACUGAUUGAAGAAAAAAUAAACUUUCUACAUAUCAGA